AUCCUGUUUCGGUGAGGUGACAGGAACACGGUGUGAGUCAGGUGCUACAGGAAGUUCAGCACGGAUCGGAAGAGUUGUGUGUAACCACUCCUACUUGUAUGAUGAAGGAGAGAAAGAGAAGGAGAACAGAGUAGACGGGAAGAUCGUGACGUUGAAUCGUUUCCAGCCCUGUGACAGAGACCUGCCCAGUCACGCCUCGUACCAUGUCCUGAGGCGCACCUUCUCAUCCUUCACGAUGGACUUUUCUACAAAAACCCUGGCCGCGGGUUGCUUUGGGAAAGUGUAUAAGCAAAAGUAUGGAGAUACCUGGGCUGCGAUGAAGAAAGUGCCCGUGGAGUUAAUAUCUAAGGAAAAGCUUACCAAAGAGUGCCAAGUUUAUGAGAAAGCAAAACACAACAACGUGGUCAGGCUCCUCGGGAAUCCGUGGCUGGAGGACGGAAGGUGGCACAUUCCUCUGGAGUUCGUCUUCGGAGAGGAUCUCGAGACGGCUAUAUUUAAUGUACAGAAAUCCAAAAUACAGCUGAGCCCGUCGGUGAAGGCCACCAUCAUCACGGGGAUGUGUGAAGGCCUGAACUUCCUGCACUGCAGAGACAUCGUCCACCAGGACCUCAAACCAGACAACGUCAUGGUUGAGCACGGAUCUCACCGCGCUGUGAUCAUCGACCUGGGCCUGGCCAAAUUCUUCAGAAAUGGCUUAAGCUCUGCUGUAAACCUGGGCAACGAGGCCUACGCUGCUCCUGAGAUCCUGCGAGGGAGCAUUCGAGACAAGCGUUCAGACGUGUGGGCCAUGGGCAAAAUCAUCGCAGAGCUCUGUGCCAGGGUCAGGCUUCCCACUCGUAGUGUGACUCCCAUAAAGAUUAGAGACUCUCUGAAUGACAAUCCUUACUGUAGCAUCGUGUGCAAGAUGGUGGCAGAGAGUUCAGCAGAGAGAACCAGCAUGUAUGGAGUAAUUGGAGAAAUCCGGCAAAUUGGGAUAAUUCAGGGGGCAAAUCAGGGGACAAAUCAGGGGGUAAAUCACGGGUUAAAUCACGGGUUACAUCAGGGGGUAAAUCCGGGGGUAAAUCAUGGGUUAAAUCAGGGGGUAAAUCACGGGUUAAAUCAGGGAGCAGGAGCAGCAAGACCAUAUGCAGGUUUGCUUGGCCAAGUGGGUCCCCGGGUAACAGGGGCUGCUGAUCUUGGUGCGAAGCAAAAAUGGCGCCCGCCGACCCCUUUCCCGCCGGAAGCAAAACACCAAGAACCUCCUGUUCGACCUCCUGUUCAACCUAUCCACCGUAGCCCAUCCCCCCGAGCUCAGGCUCUAGCUCCCGUAGGUCCCGCUAACCCAAAGGCACUGGCCAAUGACCUGUCAAUGCUGUCCAUUCCUUGUCCUUUACCUCCAGACGGAACAGUGGUUCACCGUCGUUAUGACAACGGCGGACUAAUGCAGAUUAAACAAAUCAUCACGCGGAAUGGCAAAGUGGUUAAGUACGAGGACGUGAAAAUUAGCAAGUGAACUAUACAAGAAGAGGUAUACGAAUGAUUUCAUCAGCUCUGCGGUGUGACCUCGAAGUCUUAAGUAUGAAAUACUUUCAGCCUGUGAACAUUGGGUACAUCUGGGGGGGGCAUUGCUUUUACAAGCAUUAAAUGAAUAACACAGUACAAACAUCCUGUACAACGGGAGCCGUCUACAAAGCGUUGACGAUGUAAAAAAUCACUGGAAAGAGUUAACUGAGAAAGCGGCGAGAAAUGAUUCUGGGUGGUGGAUUUCAAACCUUUACGCUGUAGAGAUAAAGAACUGAGGCGGAUUCUGGUCACUACAUACAGUGUGAUGUGAUGAUGGAAGAAACCGUGCAGCGUCUCUUGUGUAUAUGUUUCCAGAUUCAGAAUACAGAAAUAACUUAUCAUGUGGUGUAUGUAUGCGGUGAAUGUGUUUCACUAAAUAUGUUGUGUGUGUGUUAUUUGUGUGUGUAAUUAUACUGCUUGUACGAUACAUGACAUGUAUCGUCACAACGAUCUACUGUGUCAGUGGUUUUAUAAUAUUUUCAUGAUCUUCACUACAUGAAUACAUU